CAUUCGGGGUGUUGGUAACACGAGAGCUUACGCUACAUUCGCUACACCGCCACGGUGUCGUCCUGUGCUGUUGAGUGUUGCGGUGUCUCCUGACUCCUCCCUUCGCCGCUAGUUCGUUAGUUUCGGGGUGAAGCUAAGCAGUAGUGAGUGUUGAGCUGCAUAAGAAGAGGUUAAUUGCGCUACACGACGCCGGUGUUACACAUCCCUAUGUAUUGGUUUUGCAGCCGGGCAUUCAGGCUUGUUUCGUUACUACUGCCUCUAUAGCGUUGCUAGUAGCGAAUCUAUUGUGAUGAACGUAGUAGUGAACCUACUGUGGUGAACGUAGUAGUGAACCUACUGUGGCAAACCUAGUAGUGAACCUACUUCGAAACGUAGUUUAAUGAACAUAGUGCAGUGAACGUACUGCGGUGAACGUACUGCGGUGAACCUGCUGCGGUGAACCUACUGCGGUGAACCUAGUGAACCUUGGCUGCGUGUGAGCUGUGCUGUAGCAUCUGUCCGCUACAUGUACAGACAGAGUGUCGGCGACGCUGGUACUAGUACUACAUCCACACCUGUCGUUCCCAUGGUGCUAAGCCUAGUGAACAUGAUGAAGGGAGCGAAGGGAGUCGUGCUGGACGAACUAGCCGACGCUUUCGGGGUCCUCAGUCCGACGUACAAGUCCAGGACGGAGGAUUUCAAGAAGUUGUUCAAGGAUCUGCCGGACACAGAGCGUCUGCUUGUCGAUUACUCGUGCGCCCUUCAGAAGGACAUACUAGUGCACGGCCGACUCUACGUCUCACAGAACUGGAUCUGCUUCUACGCAAACAUAUUCCGAUGGGAGACGACACUGACGAUCAGGAACAAGGACAUCCAGGCGAUGACGAAGGAGAAGACGGCGCGCGUCAUACCGAACGCGAUCCAGAUCUGCACGCCGGAGGACAAGUUCUUCUUCACAUCGUUCGCCGCGCGCGACAAGACCUACCUGAUGCUGUUCCGUGUCUGGCAGAACGCGCUCCUCGAGCAGGUGCGCCUUCCUAGACCAGGUAAGCUCUCCACUGACACCUGUCGAGCCUCCCUAGACCAGGUGUGCCUUCCUAGACCAGCUAAGCUCUCCACUGACACCUGUCGAGCCUUCCUAGACCAGGUAAGUUAUCUCUCGACACCUGUCGAGCCUUCCACUGUACCAGGUGUGCCUUCAUACUCGUCUGCACACGACUUGGCUAUACCUUUGGAGGAUACGGGAGACAAGGACCGCCAGGUGACCUACACGAUUGGUGAGUGCGGACACUACGCUGAGCAGCGCGCUGACUGCCUUCACGAGUCACAGGUGAUGCACAGGGAGACAAAGCCGGGGAAGCGGUACAUGCUGCGCGCGGAGGUGGUCAGCACCGGCUUCCCCUACAGCGACGUCUUCUUCGUCAUCAACCACUACUGCAUCACGAAGGUGUCGCGCAAGCAGUGUCGGCUGUGCGUCUCCUGCGAGGUGGUCUACCGCAAGCAGACGUGGGGUCUAGUCAAGUCUCUUAUAGAGAAGAACUCAACUCAGGGCAUGGUGGAACACUUUACAGUGCUCGAGAAUGUGAAUGUGACGCUCAAGUUGUUACACAUGUGUGACCAGCUGUGGAUAGACAGUCGAACAAGCUCACAAGAGAGGAGUCCGAGAUCAGCCUCCGCAAAAGACGAAGCAGGUGUUGAUCAUCGGUUCUUCAAUGUCACGUCUGAGACCUUCAUGAGAGCUGUGCUCUGCAUAUUGUUGUUGUUGGUCGUCGUCAACGUGAUGUUCUUCUAUCAGUUGAGUUCCCUGGAGCAGCGGAAUUUCGCGUACGAGUACGGCGUCGGGGCACCACCUGUCAGCUUUCCGACGACGGACGAGGAGUGGGCCGUACUUCUGCAGCGCCAGCGCCACCUACACGAGCUCGAGAUCCGGCGGUGGCGUGACGUCAUCGAUCUCACUGUCAAGAUGGUCGAUCAGAUGCAGAUGUCGCUGCACGAGCUCAAGAAGAACUUUGAGACCGUCUCGGUCGCUCCACCAUUCGACGACCGCACUCAGAUGCCGUGAUGAUGUCAUACCGAGCUCGUGGCGCCCGCUGGCGGCUGCCGUUCAAAGAUGUCCGGCGCGAUCGCUGCGAUGACGUCGAUCGGUCGCUGCGUGCGCGUCUGCAUCGUCCGUGCCGUGACUCCACGCUGAUGAUGCCGGACUUCAGCAAUCUGACGACGAUGCCCGCUGCCGCGACGACGAUGCCCGCCGCCGAGACGACGA